AUGGCUGACUCUUACACUUCCAGCUUUGUUGGAAGCUACAACAGCAACUCUUCAACUACCAGUGCUUGGAACAUCACUGGCAGUGGCCCGUGGUUGCUGGCCUUCAUGCUUACUGUCAUCAUACUCAUGACAAUUUGUGGCAACAUGCUGCUGAUUGCGUUAGUGUUUGCCCAUCGCUCUUUGCGUUGCACGUCAAACUGCUUCCUUGUCUCUUUGUUCCUCUCUGACCUCAUGGUAGCUCUAGUCGUGAUGCCUCCAGCCAUGCUCAAUGUCUUGUGUGGCGCCUGGGUGUUGUGGCCCGCCUUUUGCCCGAUUUGGCUCUGUUUUGACGUCAUGUGCUGCAGCGCCUCCAUCCUCAACCUGUGCGUGAUCAGCUUGGACCGCUACCUCUUUAUCAUCUCACCUCUUCGCUACAAACAGAGGAUGACGCCACCUCGGGCGCUUCUGCUAGUAGGUGCUGCUUGGGGUUUGGCAGCUUUGGCCUCCUUCCUGCCGAUUGAGAUGAAAUGGCACAGCUUGGGUCACCGGAGUGGACACUCAUCACUUCCUGGAUUCAGCAGUAGCAACACCAGCGCCUACUCUGACACUCUUUACCCAGCAUCCUACUUUCAGCUGUCACCAUCAGGAGGCCUUUCUUUCCAGUGCCGCCUACGUGUAACCCUCCCCUUUGCCUUGGUGGCAUCUGUACUCACCUUCUUUUUGCCUUCUAGCGCAAUUUGCUUCACCUACUGUCGGAUUCUUCUAGCAGCAAGAAGGCAAGCAAAGAGGGUCGCUGCCCUGAGCCACCCGCCGCACCCGCAUCCGUCACUUGGGGAACCUUCCAGGCCUCCUUCACCUGGGAUGGCAGCAGGGUUGGCUCAGCAAGACGGGGACGACUGCAGCCACCAAGAUCCUCCUGUGUCUCAAAAUAUACCGCCAUCAGUGACCAGUGAGCGCCGUCUGGCUCACAGGCAGGGGCGGAGGGCGCUGAAAGCCAGUCUGACUCUUGGAGUCCUCCUGGGACUUUUCUUCAGCGCUUGGCUUCCUUUUUUCAUCACCAACAUGGCUCAGGCAGUGUGCGAGUGUGUCCCUCUUGCUCUCUUUGACGCCAUAACCUGGCUGGGCUACUGCAACAGCACCAUGAACCCCAUCAUCUACCCGCUGUUCAUGAGAGACUUCAAGCGAGCUCUGGGGAAGGUCCUACCCUGCUGUUUCUCUCGGGCAGUCAGACGACCCUCACCAGCGCUCUCCCUCUCUCUCAGAAACUCAGGAGAGCCCAACAACGCCAGCAGCCCUCCGUCUCCGCUGGCCUCUGACCCCACUCACCCCCCGGCCACCGCCACUGAUGCCGUCAACCUGCUGGACGCUGAACACGCUGGCAUCGAGCUGCCUCUUUUGCUGCCCAAUCAGGUCGACAGCCUGGAUUAA